CACUCAUUUUUGGGCCUCAAUUUUCUUGAAUAUGUCCCCAUGUGCAGGAAUCCAAGAAAUGAAUCAUGUGUUCCACCUAACCCGGUUUCCUUGGAGUUAUAAAUCCCCCUCUCACUAGGUACAUGGUGUGAGCCAUCCAAUAAGCAGUGGAUCAAAGGUAUGGGCGCCCAACUUGAAGUGAAGCCUCAUGCAGUGUGCAUUCCUUACCCUGCACAAGGGCAUGUAAGCCCCAUGAUGCAACUGGCUAAGCUUCUCCACUCGAAAGGUUUCCACAUAACUUAUGUGAACACAGAGUUCAACCACAAGAGGCUCCUCAAAUCGAGAGGUCCCGACUUGUCGAAUGGCGUACCGGACUUCCGUUUCGAGUCCAUCCCGGAUGGCAUGCCUGAGACAGACCUGGAUGCUACCCAGGAUGUCCCCGAGCUUUCCGAUCAUAUUCGGACUUGCUUCUUAGCUCCCUUUCGGGAGUUGGUGCUGCGGCUCAAUGGCUCGGGGGAAGUGCCUAAAGUGACGUGCUUCGUCAUCGACGGAGUCACGAACUUUGCACAGCCCGUCGCGGACGAGCUAUGCGUCCCCAAAGUUAUAUUUUGGACUGCGAGCGCCUCCGGGCUAUGGGGUUACCUUCAGUACACUGAGCUCAUUGAGAGAGGUUAUGUUCCUCUCAAAGAGGAAAGCUAUCUAAGCAAUGGAUACCUAAACACACCUCUAGACUGGAUCCCAGGAAUGCCCGGAGCCCAGCUCAAAGACAUACCAAGCUUCAUUAGAACGACCAAUCCCGAGGACAUCAUGUUCAACUUCCUCAAAGAUGAAGCCCUGGCAUCCCUCAAGGGCUCGGCUCUCAUCUUAAAUACAUUUGAUGCGUUCGAGCAGACUGCCCUCAACCUCGUUCGCCCCAUCGCCCCACCCAUGUACACCAUUGGUCCCUUACCCACCCUUUGUCACACACUAGUCGACCCCAAACUCCUCUCCAUCGGCUCUAGCCUUUGGAAAGAAGACACAAGAUGCCUAGAUUGGCUUGGAAAUCAAGAAACUGCCUCGGUCGUGUACGUAAACUACGGCAGUAUCACCACUAUGACCCCAAGCCAACUGGUGGAAUUCGCAUGGGGGUUGGCUAAUAGCGAGGCACCCUUUGUUUGGAUCAUCCGACCUGACUUAGUUCAGGGGGAGGCCGCUUUGUUACCUAAAGAGUUCGUUGAGGUCACUAAGGAGAGGGGAUUUCUCGCAAGUUGGUGCAAUCAAGAGAAGGUGUUGUUGCAUCCCGCCGUCGGCGUGUUCCUGACACAUUGUGGUUGGAACUCGAUAAUGGAGAGCGUAUGCGGUGGGAUACCAGUGAUUUGUUGGCCAUUUUUCGCUGAACAACAAACUAAUUGCUGGUUUGCCUGCAAUGAGUGGGGCAUGGGCAUGGAGAUUGAGAAUGAUGUGAAAAGAGAAGAAGUCGAGGCACUUGUUAGGGAAAUGAUGCAUGGGGAGAAGGGGAAGGCCAUGAGGGCCAAGGUUAGGAGAUGGAGAGAGCUUUCUGAGAAGUCAGUUGAGGCGGGUGGGUAUUCUUCACUGAAUCUGGACAGAGUGAUAAAAGAGGUGAUGUUAAAACCGUGCAAACAGCUGGGGGAUGCCUGUUAAUGGCAUAUUGUGUUGAAAAUUUGGUAUCAAUUAUGAGUUUAUUGAAUAAGCUAGCUUAGCUAUGGUAAUUAUCUAGCUGUUAGGAUAAAGCUCGGAUGAUAAUAAUUAGAUGAGAUAAUAACAGUGUGUUUGUACCUGAUUAUGCAUUGUUGUGAGGGAUUAAGCUUAAGCAAUUGUAUCACCAGCUGGCCUAACCAACCAAAGAGCUUUUGUGCUUUUAUGUAUGGUUUUUGAAGUUAAACAUCAAAGUAGCAAGUACCAAUGUUU